AUGUCUACUUCAACCAUUUAUCGGCUGAACGAAGACAUCCUCCUUGCCACCCUCUCUUAUCUUUCGGGCCACGACGCGGUGCGACUCGCUCGUACAUGCAAGUUCAUGUACGCGCUCUCCUGUCCAAGCGUCAGCGUGAAGAUAUCCCACCGGGAUCUACACAAACUACAUCGGACGGCUGGGGCGAUCUGCCGGCCUGGUUCUUCCUCCGCGACCUACCUGCACAACCUCGACUUAGCUUUGAUAUCGAAUAAAGAAAAAAACAUAAAGGCCGUGGGCGACAUCCUCAGGACCGCCAAGAACCUCCGCAGCCUGAGUCUUUCCACCGUGAUCCCGCACGGUUGGAUGGGAUACCCCUCGAUCGUCCACGCUCUGACUCAAAUGAAGCGACUGCGGUCACUCGAUUAUUCUCCAAUCUUCCACAACGACGUACUUCCGAUGAUCAAAUCCAUCCCCUCCCCUGACAUUGUUAACCUCAGUCUUUGGUACGAUGACCACUGGGACCACGUGUUUCCUCCUCUACUCUCGGUCCUCGAAUCAUUCCCCAAGCUCGUCACCCUCACCUUAGGUAAUUUUGUCCCUCAACCGACCUCUCUUGAUGCUACCCGGACAUCGUUCCCGUCCAUCCGGCAUGUCGUGCUCAAGAACGUGUCCGUCGCCGCCACGGACAUCCUCUACCUCUUUCCCAACCUCGACACGAUCGAGUUCUCACCAAAUCACGAGGGACAUUGCAUGCAAGGCCACACGGAUCCCCGGCCGAGAUGGCCCAAGGUCUCGGGCCGGCUCACCGUGGCCAUCCACCGCCCGACAAGAUGGGGCAACGGCGUCGACACGCUCCCCGACGCCGAGCUGCAGACCGCCGCCGUCGAGCUGCUCGAGCGCCGCGCGAGCGCCGUUCCGCGCCUUGAGCUCGCGGGCGAGUGGGAGUUCACCCGCGACGGCGUCACCGCCGUCGACGCCUCCACGUCGCGCCAGCUCGCGCGCCUCCUCGCGGCGCUCCAGCCGCGCGCGCUCACCCUCUCAGUGCACGCCGGGUUCCGGAUCCCAGAUAAGGUGCUCGACGGCCGGAUGUGGAGCGAGAGAGCGCGCGUGCUCCCGCGCCUCCGCGCGCUCACCCUGCGCCGCGUCGGAACCGACAACUGGAGGCUCCCGGAAACGCUGCCGGCGGCGCUGGCGCAGCUCCCGCUGCGCUGCCUGUUCAUCGACGCGAGCCCGCCGGCUCACCCGUCGGACGGCCUCAUGCCUGGCGCGGACUACAGAGAGCUGAGUCGCGUCGAAGCAUUGCACGCGCUCCCCGCGAGGCUGCUCGCCGUGCUCACGAAGAUGCGAGUGCUGGGGAUCGCGGGGACGGCGGCGCUGCCGGACGCCGCGUUGGGCACCAGCAACAAAUGGGGUCUGGAGGACCUGGCGGAAUGGAAGCGGGAGCACGGCGAGCGGAACACGCGGUGGUGGCGCGUUGACGGUGAAGGGGCGGGGCGGAAGUUGGUCGAGCUCUGGCGCGAGGACGGAGAGCACGCGCAGAGGCUGGUGGAAUAUGCGGAGAAAUACCGCGUCGCAGACCUGGACGCUAUAUACAUGGACAAGUGCCGGUACAACCCCUGA